AAACUCGCUCUGGACUCUCUCAAACAUUGGGUUCCAUUUCGCGAUCAACAGCCCUUUCGGAGACAACUAGAAAUCGGCAUAUCACGCGAAUCACUACAUCUGCGUUUUCCAGAUCCUCAGCAUUUGGCCAGUUCAGCCGCGAAACCCCACAGACGCGUGCAAACAACGCGUGUUUGCAGCAUGACCGCAGACAUAGAGAAUCGGGUUCCAAGGACCGAUGCUCCGCACGUAAAUCUCCACGGAAAGCCUCGACGGGUCCUUGGUGAUGUAUCUGCGAACCUUCGCGUAAUGGCGGACCCAAAAUUCUUCGAUGGCAAGCCGUUGACCGGAAGCCAACUGAAACGGACCUCAGCUACAGCUCUCGACGAUAGCUCGGGCUUCACAUACCUCAAAAGACGAAGAAUCUCCAGUGACAGGAGUUUGUUACCUUUCGAGAAGGCACCAAAGGAUCCUCAGCCUAACGCCGAGCAUACACAGCCCGCGCUGGAUCGUGAACAGCAAAAUCUGGAAUCGUCCUCUGCAGCUCCCGGGACACCUGCUCACUUGGUAGUGGACGACGAAGACGACGAUUCCUCAGCAGAGCGGAAGUCCUUUUCCUCUCUGAUCAAUUAUGAUCCAUCAUCCCAAAAUGCUGCUGGUUCGCAAGGUCGUCCGACUCCACUCUUUCGGGGGCCUUCGCAUGCAGAGCUAUUGAAAAUGCGCCUGCAAGUCGCCAUGUACAAGGUCAAGACCAACCAGAUUCACGUGCCAUUUGAUGAAUUGCGAGAGAACACGUUAUCACAACGUCAAAGAGAAUACAAUGAGGCGGAAGAGGCAGUUGCGGCAUUGCGUGCUGAGGCUCAGGCAAAGGACGCCCAACGCACUCACGCCCAUCCAUCUUCAGCUUUAUUUCCGGCGCCCAUGUUACAACCCACAGACUACAGCAGCCGGACAAUAUACGGUCCCACCUUAGCAAGCUCGCCUCCUGUGAGUCGUUCAUCUCGUCCCAACAUGCGAGACUCGGCUCUGCGUGGCUUUGGUCGAAGGACGACAGCGGAGGAAGAACUCACUAGCAGUGUCGUCAAGGGUCGCGUUGCAGCCGGCUUGCUCGAUCUCAGGCGUGGGGCGGAGGGCAGCUAGAGUCGGUCUGGAAGUGCCGUCCAAUGUGACCUGCUAUGAGAGACAUAAAUCUCUCCAGCUCUCACCAGCGCGUACGAU